CUGUGCAUCCGUUCGGUCUUCUCGGUCUGCUCGGUCCGCUGUUGCGUCGCUGCAAUCUCUCGCGCCCUCCCCUUGCCACUCGGGCUCGCUGUCUAUCGAGCUCUCGCGUCCGCAUCGCCCAGCCACUUUCUGCUGCCCUCGGCAUCCAGCCCCAUCCAGUUGCCCCCACAUUCCGCCAUGUCCUCCCGCCUCCUUUCCAAGCAGAUCGCAUCCAACCAUGCGCGGUGGAUUCUCCAGGCCCGUCGUGCUGCUCCCAUGAAUCUCGCGGCCCUGUCCAAGAAGCCGCUGUCUCCGUCGCCGCUGUUUUUCUCAACGCAGCGACGAACUCUCGACCCGGCUCUCGGUCGCCCGUCGUUCCCAUCGCGAUCGAAUCGCGACCUCCACACUCAUGUGGCCUCCGCAACGUCGCUACAUCCUCUCUUUGCCCUGCAACGGAACGCUGCCGAAAAGCCGCCGACACCGGUGCAGCCUGUCCAGGCCGUAGCAUCCACGCCAAUUCCCGGCGUUCCUCCCAAAGCCAAGGAGGAAAGCCCUGUCGAGAAGGCCAUCCGCGAUGCCAAGGAAGAAGAGAGCGUCGAGAUCCAGGCCAAGGCCCAAGAAAUCAUCAACAAGUUCAACCAGCCCGAGGAGGCUGCCGCUGCCGCUGCCGCGGCUCCAGCUCCGGCCCCCUCCGCCGAAGUAGCUGCCCCGGCCAAGAAGCGGACUAUUUGGGAGAUCGUCAAGGCCGAGGCCAUCCACUACUGGCACGGCCUCAAGCUCCUCGGCAUUGAGGUUGCCAUCUCGUCCAGACUUGUCAUCAAGAUCCUCAACGGACAGAAGCUGAUUCGCCGAGAGAUGAGACAGCUCCAGCGCACCGUCGGCGAUAUGGUCCUGCUGAUCCCCUUCCUCGUCAUGGUCAUCAUUCCAUUCGCCGAGCUUGCCAUUCCCUUCCUCAUCAAGAUCUUCCCCAACAUGCUCCCGAGUACCUUCGAGAGCAAGUUCCAGGAGGAAGAAAAGAAGAAGCGGCUGCUCAAGGUCCGUCUCGAGAUGGCCAAGUUCUUGCAGGACACGAUCGAGGAGGUUGCCGUCUCGGGCUCCUCAAAGUCGACCGCUGCCAAGGAGUUCAGCCAGUUCUUUGCCAAGUAUCGCAACUCUGGCGAGAUUGCCCCGGCCACCGAGGUCGUCAAGAUUGCCAAAAAGUUCCAGGACGAGCUGACGCUCAACUCGCUGUCGCGACCGCAGCUUGUCAGCAUGGCUCGCUUCUUGAACAUCAAUGCCUUUGGCACCGACACUUUCCUGCGCAACCAAAUCGACCGCCGGCUAAAGUAUCUCAAGGAGGACGAUAAAGUGAUCGCUUCCGAAAAGAUCGAGUCGCUCACUAUCCCUGAGCUUCAGCAGAUCUGCCAGUCCCGCGGCAUCCGCACCAUUGGCGUCUCGCCCGCCCGCCUGCGAAGCGAGCUGCAGCAGUGGAUCGAUCUCAACCUCAACCACCAGAUCCCGACCUCCCUCCUGGUUCUGUCGCGCGCCUUUAUCAUCUCCGAAAAGAUCCCGAGCAGCCCCGAGGACUCGAUGAAGCAGAGCGCAGAGGCUCUCCAGGCCACACUCUCGGCUCUCCCCGACCAAGUUCUCAGCGAAGCGGCGUUGAAGGUCUCGCAAGCCUCUGGCACGGCCACCUUCAAGCAGAAGCUUGAAGUUUUGCAACAGCAAGAGGAGCUUAUUGCCGAUGAACUCGAACAGAACGCGGCUGCUGCAGAGUCCGCCAAGAUUGUCGAGCAGGAUAAGCUCGCCAAGGCAGCACAGCCAGCGGUUGCUCCAGCCGCCACUGCCGCUGCGGACGUCAAGGUUGACGAAAUCUCAACCGAGCAGCUGCAGCGCCUGGGAGAUGCGCUCAAGACCAUGGCCUCCGACUCUGCCCUCAACGACGUCAAGGAGGAGCUUGGAAUGCUCAAGGAGGAGCGUGAGGAGUUCAAGGAAGACAUCGAAGAGCUCAAGCAGGUUACCCAGGUUGAGGCCCCCAAGGCCACCUCGACGGUCGGUCGCCAGGUCGAUAAGAUGAUUGCCUCGCUCGAGAAGGAGCUCAUCAAGUACGAUGCCGAGAUUGGCAGCAAGCUCAACCUGGUCAAGCCCAACGAGGAGGGCAAGAUCUCUCUGGAAGAGAUUGAGGAGGUCCUCAAGGUCAUCAAGGACUACCCCAACGACGACCGCGUCAAGCACAUUGUCAAGGAGCUUGACGUGGACGGCGACGGAUUCGUUUCCAUCGCCGAGGUCCUCGUCCUGGCACAGGAGCAUUCCAACAAGGAAGGCUACGGCGUGGUGCUCAAGCAGGUCAAGGCCGACAACAUGGCCAAGGCUGCCGCCGCUCCCGCCACUCCUGCCCCUGCUCCUGCUGCUGCUGCUGCUGCUGCCCCUGCUCCUGCUGCUGGAGAUGCCGCCAAGCCUACUGGACCGACAUCGACUCCUUCGUCAUGA